GUAAUCGGGAGAAGAAAGUAAAAUGACACAGACGCUCUGAUAGUAUAUUAGGAUAACAGAAGCACAGCUGCAUUGUUGUUGAGUCAUGGCGACAUAAUGGGUCUCGAGGAGGAACCGUGGACUUUAUGUGUUUCUUUGCUAAGGUUAGCAAAGUUGUGCUAGCUUUACCCCGCUGUGUUAACGUGGACGUGUAUGCUUGUGACAGCUCGGAGGAAUGUGAGGACUAACUUGGCUUCACAUUCAGCAACAGGAGAGACUCUUUUUAAGUUAACACUCACACUAAAAUCAGUCAACCGAGAGCUAGUUGUUGGGCUUACCUCGCCGCAGUUACGUUAGCCUCCUCAAUUUUAAGACGGUACAAGUGAAUGAAAUGGUGAUCGGCUGCGUUUACAUCAGCUAUGUGGCAGAGGAGGAGGAGGAGUGGAGCUGCUGCAGCACAACUACAUGAUUGUUCCUCUCUGCUCCUUCAGUCGUGGAGUGCAGUGAAGAGCCAGGACACUGUACAUAAUCCUCAGAGUUCCUCUUUGGUGCUUCUCCUGAGUUGCUGUUCAUCCACAUAAAGAAGAUCAGGCAAUGGGAAGUGAAGAAAGCAGUAAUACAACAUCACAGCAAUCCUCAUCUAGUGGGGCACUUAAGGGACAAGAGUCUCAUCAUCUUGAUCCACCUCCACACUCUAGUGCAGACAGAAGUAGAGGUUUGGAUGCAGGGUGCAUAUUGGCUGCUAUGCCUCAGCCUGGCGGGGGCAUCUGUUGUCGUGAAGAAGGAGCAGGAGGCCCAGAAUGCCCUCAAACAUCAUCAAAACAAGGUCGUCACAAUUGGCCACAGCUGGGUGUCCAGCAACUGCAAGCAGCUGGUGGUACUCCUGCGUCGGAAGAAUGUGGUCGUUAGGAAGCUGGCUGCUGCCACAGAUGCUGUUGGAAGAGAUCACACUCUUCCAGAUUCCGAGAGGCUUUUCAAGGUUCACACACUGGAGGUUUUUCAGAAAGAGCUGAAUGACAGUGAAAACCUGGUGUUCCAAGCAAUGUUCAGCCUGCAGAGGGCACUGCAGGGCGACUACAGGGAUGUGGUGAACAUGAAGGAGAGCAGCAGGCAGAGGCUGGAGGCCCUCAGGGAAGCAGCCAUAAAGGUGGAGCAGGAGUAUGUGGAGCUGGUGGCGGUUGAGAAACACCUGCAGGAAGCUGCUAAGAAUGCUUUAGCCCAGAACCAGUCUCUGUCCAUGCUGGACGAAAUCCUGGAGGACGUCCGGAAGGCAGCAGACCGACUAGAGGAGGAGAUCGAUGAGCAUGCCUUUGACAAAAACAAACAGAUGAAAGGAGUGAAUGUCGAGGCAGUUUUGAGAGUGGAUGAUGAUGAGGAUAAAGGAGGGAAGAGGAAUAAUAAAUCCAGGCAGAAUGAAGAGGAGGAUAACCUGGGACUGAGCAUGCUCAUUGAUUCACAGAACAACCAGUAUGUUCUGACCAAACCACGAGACUCCACUAUCCCGAGAGCAGACCAUCACUUCAUCAAGGACCUGGUGUCAGUGGUGAUGUUGUCCUUACCAUGUGGCUGGAUUUGCACUCUGGUUGGUCUUCCUCCAAUGUUUGGAUAUAUCGUCUGUGGGGUCCUGCUAGGUCCCUCUGGUCUAAACAGCAUCAAGUCUAUGGUCCAGGUGGAGACUCUUGGAGAGUUGGGUGUGUUUUUCACUCUUUUUGUGGUGGGGUUGGAGUUCUCACCUGAGCGCCUACGAAAGGUAUGGAAGACGUCUAUUCAGGGCUCGUGCUACCUGAGUCUGCUGAUGGUGGGAGCCGGUUUGUUGUGGGGACAAGUGUUGCAUAUUCGACCCACGCAGACUGUCUUCAUUUCCACAUGUCUGUCCCUGUCCAGCACUCCACUGGUGUCCCGCUUUCUUGCAGGAGGAAGCAGAGGAGACAAGGAAGGUGACUUGGACUACGGCAGUGUUCUUCUCGGGAUGUUGGUGAUGCAGGACGUUCAGCUCGGCCUCUUCAUUGCUGUCAUGCCAACUCUAAUCCAGGCACAGGGUGGAGAGUUGGACAGCCUCUUGUUAGGAAGUGUCCAUGUGCUGUACCUGCUGGCUCAGGUCCUAGCAUCUCUGGCUGCUGUGCUGCUGCUGUGUUUGCUGCUUAAAUUUUCCCUGAUUGGCCCAUAUUAUAAGAAAUUGCACGCUGAGAGUAAAGGCAACAAGGAGAUCCUGGUGCUGGGGAUGGCAGCCUUUGUCUUUUUCAUGCUGACGGUUACUGAUUUUCUAGACAUUUCAAUGGAGCUGGGCUGUUUCCUGGCUGGAGCUCUGCUGUCGACGCAGGGUCACAUGGUCACCACGGAGGUCAUUGGAUGCAUCGAGCCAAUCAGAGACUUCCUCGCCAUCAUCUUCUUUGCCUCUAUUGGUCUUCAUGUGUUCCCGACGUUCGUGCUGUAUGAGCUCACCAUCCUGCUGGUGCUAACACUCUCACUUGUCAUCAUGAAGUUUGUCAUGGCUGUGCUGGUGCUGACAGUAUUAUUGCCUCCGGGCUCUCGACACAUACGGUGGAUCGUCUCAGCUGGCCUUGCGCAGGUCAGCGAGUUCUCCUUCGUCUUGGGCAGCCGUGCACGUAGAGCUGGCAUCAUCUCUAGAGAGGUUUACCUGCUGGUUCUUAGUGUCACCACUCUCAGUUUGCUGCUGGCUCCAGUGCUGUGGAGAGUGACCACACACAGAUGGGUUCUGCGAGCUGACCACAAAAGUCCCAUCACCAGACGGUCUUCAGAGCUUCCUCCAUAGUGAAGCUGCAGCAUCAUCAUGAGCAGUGGACGUUAAUUCUUAUUUGCCCUUUCAGACAUUCUUACAAGAACACUAGUACCACUUCCUCUAAUCUUCUUCUUGAUUUAAGAGACUUACAUCUCUCAUUUCAAGGUUAUUAUCAUCAGCUACAUUUUCACCAGAGGUUCUUAACAGAUGCCUUCAUCAGAUUGCUGCUUGAAGGGAUAUUUUCAUAAAGCACAGAUGCAGAAGGUACGACUUAGACCAUUUUUACAAUAAGCUUUAAAGGUGUAGUGUGUAACUUUUGAAUAUAAACAAAUUGUUAAAUUCAAACCAUUGUCAAAGUAGUUUACACAAUGUUUGGUUUUGUUUACCUUUAUUUAACCAGGCAGGACAGAUGAGGGAGAGAGGGAGAGGGGGAAAAGGGGCAAAUAAUAGUUAACAUCGUUUCUGUUCAUAAAGACCAGAGACGGAAUAAUAACAUCAACAACAGUCACCAAAAGUUUAUUGGAGAGCACAAAAAUCUAGAUUUCCUUUCAGCUCAGAUUCUUUUAAUGCACUAAAAUGAUAGUAAUCUGAAAGAAAAUCUCUUCUCAGUACUUCUGUUAUUGUUUUUCUUUUACCAAACAUUCACCUUUGCACUUUGAUCCUUAAGUUGGUCUUUUCCGUGAAGCACAUAGAUCAAAUCUGAGGUAUUGAACUCCACCUUCCUACACUGCUCUUUAUUCCGGCUGUGGCUGGUGAACACAAUAACAAAUCGAAAACAAUAGGGCUGAACAAUUAAUCCUUUUUCAAAUCCAAAAUGCAGUUGGUUAUUAUGCAAUCAAAAAAUUGCAAAUGCUGCAAUUUAAUAGUUAUAUAUAUUUUUUUAUUGUUAUUAUUUUUUUUUAGGCCAAUUGAAAAAGCAAUACAUAAGAGUUUGAAAGAGUUCAAGCUCUCAUACUUGGAUUAUAGUUAAGUAUAUUCUAUUUUGACGUAUUUUUUUUAAAUUCUAUCACACAGAAAAAUAUUAUUAUGAAACUCACAUUCACAAAAUAUGUCAGAAAAAUAACUGGAUGUUUCACCAAAAUCCUUCAGCCCUCGUCAGCAUAUCCUGAUAUGAUAUUGUUUAGGUGAGGCAAACAACUGCUGGGCUGUAAUUGUCCAUUUUUAAAUAGUAAAGCGCUUUUAGAGCCCUGGUAGAAAACAUAAAUGAUCAAAAUGAAGUGCAAACCGUUUAUCUGCUGUUAUUUAAUAGAUCAUACUGCUGCACAUUCAGGUACAAUAAGAAACAUGGGGUCUGCCAUUAAUUCACUUGCACUGUUUCCUACUGAAUGUCAAAUUGUGUGCCUGCUCCAGAGGAAACACUGUGUCUCACAGUGAGAGGACUCACACUGUCAUGUCUCCUGCUGUAAAAUGUUCUUGUUUAAACAUUCAAAUGUUACACUUUCAUAUUGUCUUCACAUGUUUCCUGCAGUAGGCUAACAGGGAAGGUGCUUGAGUUUACAUGUAUGUGUGCUGGAGGUAGUGACUGUCAAAAAUAGAUGCUGUUUCAGUCAUGUAUAAUUAAAUUGUAUAAAUCA